UUCCCCCGGAGAGAGCUGAGAGCAUACAGAGAGAGAUAAAGAGAGAAUUCUCAAAGCUUUAGAGAGAAAGAGAAGCGAUCAUGGCGGUGAGAGGAUACGCGACGUUGUUAUCGAUCCUUGUGUUGUCGUUGUUCGCUUCUUCUAUUAGAGGCGAAGAGACGGAGACGACGACGACGACGACGAAGGAGUAUGUGUUGACUUUGGAUCACACUAACUUCACCGAUACAAUCAACAAGCACGAUUUCAUCGUCGUCGAGUUCUACGCCCCAUGGUGUGGACACUGCAAGCAGCUUGCUCCUGAGUACGAGAAGGCUGCAUCAGAGUUGAGCAGUAAUGUUCCUCCGGUGGUUCUUGCUAAGAUUGAUGCAAGUGAGGAGACCAACAGGGAAUUUGCAACUCAAUACGAGGUUCAGGGUUUCCCAACUAUCAAGAUCUUCAGAAACGGAGGUAAAGCUGUUCAAGAAUACAACGGACCUCGUGAAGCUGACGGCAUUGUUACUUACUUGAAGAAACAGAGUGGACCUGCUUCAGCUGAAAUUAAGUCAGCUGAUGAUGCUACUGAGAUUGUUGGUGACAAGAAGGUUGUUGUGGUUGGGAUUUUCCCUAAGCUAUCUGGCUCCGAGUAUGAUUCUUUCAUGGCCACUGCUGAGAAGUUGCGCUCUGAAUUAGAUUUCGCACACACCUCUGAUGCCAAACUUCUUCCCCGUGGAGAGUCAUCUGUAACAGGACCUGUUGUCAGACUAUUCAAACCCUUUGAUGAACUUUUUGUUGAUUCCAAGGAUUUCGAUGGUGAAGCUCUGGAGAAAUUUGUCAAAGAAUCCAGCAUUCCACUUGUCACCGUCUUUGACAAAGACCCAAACAACCACCCAUAUGUUAUCAAGUUCUUUGAAAGCACUAAUACCAAGGCGAUGUUGUUCGUGAACUUCACUGGAGAAGGAGCCGAGUCUCUUAAAUCUAAGUACCGUGAAAUUGCUACAUCCAACAAGGGACAGGGUCUUAGCUUCCUUCUAGGUGAUGCUGAGAACAGCCAAGGUGCAUUCCAGUACUUUGGACUCGAAGAGAGCCAAGUUCCUCUCAUCAUCAUCCAGACAGUUGAUGACAAGAAAUAUCUGAAAACAAAUGUGGAGGUUGACCAGAUUGAAUCAUGGGUCAAAGACUUCAAGGAUGGAAAAGUUGCCCCCCACAAAAAAUCUCAACCUAUCCCAACGGAGAACAACGAGCCAGUGAAGGUUGUUGUUUCUGAGAGCCUUGACGACAUUGUCACGAACUCUGGAAAGAACGUCUUGCUUGAAUUCUAUGCUCCAUGGUGCGGACACUGCCAAAAGCUUGUUCCAAUCUUGGACGAAGUCGCUCUGUCGUUCCAAAGCGACCCAAGUGUAGUCAUAGCUAAGCUAGAUGCAACCGCAAAUGACUUUCCAAAAGAAACCUUUGAUGUGAAGGGAUUCCCAACCAUUUACUUCAAAUCAGCGAGCGGAAAUAUUGUGGUUUACGAUGGAGACAGGACAAAGGAAGAUUUCAUAAGCUUCAUCAACAAGAACAAGGACACAGUUGGAGAGCCCAAGGAGGAGGAAAAGACAACUGAGGAGGAAGUCAAGGACGAGCUCUGAAAAGAGAAGUGUGUUCUCUGUCUCUUAGCUGCUAGCUUAGUUUGGUAGUUUUGAGGAAAAUACACAAAGGAAGACAGAGCUUUGAGUAGAGAGAGAGAGAAGGAUACAGACAGACAGAGAGAAUCUCUUUAUCUAUUCAUUAGGGUUUUUUAUAUGCACUCUGCAGAACAAUAAUGGCUGCCUCGUUUCACUUUUUGGUUGAUUUUACCUUUUUUGUGUUUGAACUCAGUUCUCCUUUAAUAUAGUUUUUGAGGCAUUUCUUUGGA